GUAAUACUAAUUUUAUGAAUAUUUCUAUUCUCAGCAACAGUAAUACUUCCAGUAUUACUGUUGCUGAGAAUAGAAAUACUGUUCAGUAUUACUGUUACUAGUAAUAAGAAUACAUGGAAGAUUACGGCUACCAGCAACAGCAAUAUAUACAAUAUUUGUAUAUAUUGCUGGUAACAGUAACAGUAAUGUGCCAUCUCUAAUUCGAAAAGCCCGAUUUUGUAGCUCAUAAAACACUUCUUCGGCUAAAUUAGAGACUAUUUUAAAAUGGAGAAAAAGCUGUCGAUAUUUUAUGCAAAAGCUUUUCUGACACCUGUUAUAACAGAUUGUAUUAAUAAUUUGAAGGGUAAGAUUAUAUGAUCACCCUUUUAAUUCUUACGAGAGGUUGUAAUUAUCUGUCACUUGCAUGUAAAUCAGUCAUUUGAUUUGCAUUAAAAUACACAAUGCAGCAUAGACUAAAAACGUUAUUUGGAAUGUUGCUUUUGAUUAUAUUUUUUUUAUCUUUAAAUACAGUUAAAAAAAAUGCACAAUGAUUUUUGCAUGCAUAGCAAAGCCAACCUGUUUUCUCAUUUCGAAAUACAAAACAUUGACAUCAACUUAUUUCAUCAAGAAUAUAGGAUUUGAAUCCGAUUAUUGUGUUUUAAGUUAUCGCUGAAAAUGAGUGAUUGCUUUAUUAUCUACUUAACGUUAUUUUUGUUUCUAAUGUUAAAAACAAGAAAUAUGAUAAAUAAAAUUUGUUGUUCUUCCUUUGAACUAAUAUUAUUUUGUAAACUUACGUGUUAUUAUCGUUCUUUUUUAGUAAUCCUCAAUUGGGAGAUCGUACUGUUGAUGAAUUUCUCAAUCAACUACCGGACGAUAAUCAGGAUCCAAAUUCCAAACCCAAUACGUCAGAUUUAAUUGUAAAUACAUUAAGUCACGAAUCAAUUCUGGCCGCCGCUAGUAGUGGAACAGAUGGUGAUUCAGAUUUAGAUGCCGAUGUAAAUACAUUACCAAAUUUAAAAGAUGAUAUUAUACCAGAUAGUGCAUUCAAACAUUUAAAAGCAAAAGAAAUUAAAUUACAAAUAACAAUAAAUGAAUUAAUUCAUACUGAACGAACACAUUUAAAAAGUUUAAAAAUUAUGAGAAAAUGUUUUAAAGAGCCAAUGGAACGUUUUCCUGGCAUGUCACCAGUAGAAUUAGAUUGUAUAUUUCGAAAUCUUGAUCAAUUAAUUGAAUUACACAGUCAAUUUAAAAUUGCAUUAAGACAACAUCGUGAACAAGCAGAAAACCAUGUUGUUAGAGAAAUUGGUGAUCUAGUAUUAAAAUUUCUUGACGGUGAGAAAGGUGCACAAUAUGCCAAAGCGUGUGCCUAUUUUAUCGAAGAUCAAUCUCAAGCGUUAAAACUUAUUAAGAAAAAAGAACAAUCACCAGAAUUUGCAGCAUUAAUGAGGAGUUGUGAAUUAAAUCCUCUAUGUCGACGAUUGACAUUAAAAGAUUAUUUACCAUCGAUAAUGACCCGUUUUACAAAGUAUAAAAUGUUGUUUGAAUCAAUGUUAAAAUUUUGUGAUGAUUCAAUUGAAAAUAAAAAAUUAAGUAAAUGUGCCGAAUGUGCUGAUAGUAUUCUUCGUCAUAUGAAUGUUGCACGAUUAAAAAAAGAACAAGAAAUAUUAUUAAAACAAAUUAAACAAAAUUUAGAUGUUCAAGUACCAUCACUUGAUGCAACACAUUUAUCGGAUUGUUUGGAAGUAACAAAUAAUCGUUUAAUUCAUAGUGGAACAUUAAAAUUAUUACCCGAUGAUAAAUUACAAAAAACAGAAUUUGAAUGUUGUCUAUUCGAUGAUAUAUUUGUAUUUUUUCAAAAAAUUUUAAUUCCAUCUGAACAACGUGGUAUUGAAGAAUCAUAUAGAUAUAUAUUGAAAGAACAUCAACGUGAUGCAACAAAUGGAAGACAUAAUCGACCAAAACCGGUUGGUGCCAAAUUUCAACAAUCACAAAAUUUUAUUUUAACACCCAUCAUACGUCUUGAUCAUUUAUUAAUCAAGAAAAAAGCUUGUGGAGGUGCCAGAUCAUUCUAUGUUAUUGAUACAGAUAAAAAACAGUUAAUCGAAGUUGAAGCAAAUUCAAAAGAUGAUUUAGAAAAAUGGAUAGAACGAAUAGAAAAAGCACGAAAACCAUUUGAAAAACAAAAAAUAGUAAAUGUCAAUGAAAAACUUGUACAAACAGCAACAACAUCUUUGACAACAAGAUCAGCAAUUAUUGAAGAACCGAUACAUUUAGUUGAACCUAAUCAAGUUAAAAGUGGACAAUUAACUUUAGUAGAAGAUAAUCCCACUUCAUUAAUAAAUGUUAUAAUAGAAAAAGAUAAAGAUAUUAAACGUCUUUUGAAAGAAAAAGAAAUGUUACUAGCACGUUUACUUAACAUUCCUGGAGAACGAAUCAACGACACAACACCAGGAUAUAUUGCAUCCAUUUAUUCCAGAAUUGAUACCAAUAAUGAUUGUAUGAAUGCAUUGGCAUGUGCUACAAGCUAUCAUAACCAACUCAUUCAAAUAAUCAAUGAUAUUCAAACAAAAGCUGCUACAGAAAAAAAAUUAUCGUCUAUAUCAACUCAGUCCUUAGGGCCACUGGUUAAUCAACUCGGUGAACAAUUAUCAUCAGCCAUGAAAUCGAUUCGAAUUGCUCAACCAUCAUCACAUUCAAAUAACACUCUAUUUCGAGAACAUUUUCGUUUACAAAGUGUUGAAAUUGGUGAUUCAAAUGACUAUUUGAAUGAUCCAGAUCUUCGACGAAAUAAUAGUUCUAGUAGUGUUGCCACCGUAACGCCAUCAAUUAGUGAAUUUUCACGUUCAAAUCCCACAUUUGAUUUGAAUGAAUCUGUAUCAAUGACAUCUGUUCAUUCAUCUGAGUCGCUUGGUUAUGGUUCAGAAUCACAUUUAUCCAUGUCGUCUCAACAACAACAACAACAACAACAACAACAACAGCAACAGCAGCAACAAGAACAAUCACACACAAAAUUUACGAAUUUGACUACAACUAACAAUAGACCAUUAACCUUCUCAAUCAAUCAAUCGCCAUCAGCAGCAUUAGCUGCCGUUACUAGUACGGCAUUCUCAUCGGCGCAACAGCCGUCGUCUAUUACCGAUCUAGAUGAAGCAAUGAAAACUCCAUCACAUGCACCUAUUUCAUUGAACAGUAAUGCAAGACAAUUACACGUGGCAACCGUUGUAGAAGAAAAAUGGGGUUUAGAUGAUGAAUUAGAGAAUGAAAAUAAUACAGAGAAUGAUGAUAUCGAUAGUGAUGAUAAUGAUAAUGACAGUGAAAUAGAUGAAAUUAUCGAACAUCAAUCAUCAUCAUCUAUACAAAAACAACAAUUACAAACACGUUCUAAUUCAAAUAAUACAAUAUCGAUGUCAAUAGAAGCACAAAGCGCCCAUUUAAACUUAGAAGAUGAUGAUGAAAUAUAUGAUAGUGUACAUAACAAUAAAAAGUCUGAUAUUGAAAAUAAAGAUGAUUUGAGAACAUUGAAACAUAGCAGUGAAGCAUAG